GGGAGGGAGAGGUAGAGAGAGAGAGAGCGAGGGAGAGGGUGAGAGCGAGGGAGAGGUAGAGAGAGAGGGAGAGGGAGAGCUAGAAGGGUCUCCCUGACCUCAUGAGUGAAGACGGACCAGCGGUAUGAACCAGGAAAGCUGUUAUUGUUGUGUGUGUGUGUGAGUCGGUGUGUGUGUGUGAGGACUGUGUGUGUCUGUUAACAUACUUCUGUCUGAUCCCCCCAGGGACAAGACACACUGAGAGGGAGGAGGAGAGACAGGGAGAGAGAGGGAGGGGGCGAGAGAGAGAGAGAGAGAGAGAGAGAGAGAGAGAGAGAGAGAGAGAGAGGGGGGAAACGAGGACAGAAGUGUGUGCAAGGAACUUCAGAGCGCAGAAAAGUAGGAGAAAGAGAGAGGAGGAGGUUAUCGUACGCCUGGGAACGAGGAGCUCGUGGUCAGAGGCGGAUGAGGAGAGGCUGAGGUUCGUGCAGGAGUAGGAAGGAGACCAGGAAGGGACCAGGAGAAGACUAGGAGGAGACAGGAGGAGAGCAGGAGGAGACUAGGAGGAGACUAGGAGGAGACUAGGAGGAGACCAGGAGGAGAGCAGGAGGAGACCAGGAGGAGACUAGGAGGAGACCAGGAAGGGACCAGGAGAAGACUAGGAGGAGAGCAGGAGGAGACUAGGAGGAGACCAGGAAGGGACCAGGAGAAGACUAGGAGGAGACCAGGAGGAGACCAGGAGGAGACUAGGAGGAGAGCAGGAGGAGACCAGAGGAGACUAGGAGGAGAGCAGGAGGAGACCAGGAGGAGACUAGGAGGAGAGCAGGAGGUGCAGCAGGAGGAGCAGCCGACCCAGAAGGAACCAUCUAAGCUCACGCUGGCUCCCCAACCACAGGCCAGGAUGAGGUACCAAGCCCGGGAGGUGGGGGUGGACGGGCGGGUGCGUCUGGUGCUGGAGGGGGCGCUGACAGCCCGGGACCGCGUGGGCGUCCAGGACUUCGUCCUCCUGGAGAACUUCAACAGCGAGGCUGCCUUCAUCGAGAACCUGAGGAGGAGGUUCACCGAGAACCUCAUCUAUACCUACAUGGGGUCUGUCCUGGUGUCGGUGAACCCCUACAAGGAUCUGGAGAUCUACUCCCCGCAGCACAUGGAGCGCUACAGAGGAGUGAGCUACUACGAGAUCUCCCCCCACAUCUACGCCCUCUCGGACAACACCUACCGGGCCAUGAAGACCUCCCGGAGGGACCAGUGCAUCCUGAUCUCGGGGGAGAGCGGCGCCGGGAAGACGGAGGCCUCCAAGAAGAUCCUGCUGUACUACGCCGUCUCCUGCCCCGCCCACCAGCGCAUGGCCUCCCUCAGGGACUGUCUGCUGCAGUCCACCCCCGUCCUGGAGGCCUUCGGGAACGCCAAAACACUCCGCAACGACAACUCCAGCCGCUUCGGGAAGUACAUGGACAUCCAGUUUGACUUCAGGGGGGUGCCGGUGGGCGCUCACAUCCUGAACUACCUGCUGGAGAAGAGUCGCGUGGUGCACCAGAACCACGGCGAGAGGAACUACCACGUGUUCUACCAGCUGCUGGAGGGCGGGACUGAGGAGCAGCUGCUGCACCUGCACCUGGACAGAAACCCCCAGAAAUACCUCUACCUGGUCAAGGGAAACUGUCCCAGAGUCAGCUCCAUGAACGAUAAGAACGGCUGGAAGGCCCUGGUCAAGGCCCUGUCUGUCAUCGGCUUCACCGAGGGAGAGGUGCAGGAGCUUCUGGACGUCAUCGGCAGCGUCCUGCACCUGGGCAACACUCAGUUCGGAGAGGAGGAGGACGGACAGACCUACGUUACCACGGAGAUGGAGCUCAAGACCCUCACCCAGCUGCUAGGCGUGGACGGGGCAGCCCUCACUGAAGCUUUGACCCACAAGAAGCUGACAGCCAAUGGAGAGGAGAUGAUCUCCCCCCUGACCUUCGAGCAGGCGGGCGCGGCCCGCGACGCGCUGGCCGUGGCCGUGUACGGCCGCACCUUCACCUGGCUGGUGGAGAAGAUCAACCAGUCGCUGGCCCUGCAGGGCGACGGGACCUCCUGCAGAGACGGCUCCUCUGUCAUCGGCCUGCUGGACAUCUACGGCUUUGAGGUCUUCCAGCACAACAGCUUCGAGCAGUUCUGCAUCAACUACUGCAGUGAGAAGCUGCAGCAGCUGUUCAUCGAGCUGACACUGCGCUCGGAGCAGGAGGAGUACGAGACGGAGGGCGUUGCCUGGGAGCCAGUGCAGUAUUUUGACAAUAAGGUCAUCUGUGACCUCAUCGAGGAGAAGCACAAGGGCAUCAUCUCCAUCCUGGACGAGGAGUGUGUGAGGCCAGGUGAGGCAUGUGACCUGUCCUUCCUUGAGAAGCUUGAGGACACGCUAGGAGGCCACGCCCACUUUGUCACGUAAGUCCCUUCUUCUCUCACACACACACACACACACACA